UCUUCUAAAUGAUCAGAAUCUAAUGCAGAGGAAUAAAGAGAGAGUAAAGAAGACCAGAGAUAAAGUGAGGGAUACAGAAUGACAGCAAGACACACAUAUAGUUAGGGAAAUAAAGACAUUGAAGUUCUACUCUAGAAAAUAGAAUGAGUCUUUAUUUAUAAGGACUGAAGUGUGCAUCAGGAAGUAGUGGAAUAAGGUUACAGAUAGACUAAAGUGAUGAAGAUGAAGAUGACAAAUUCAGGAUCUCAGCCACUGAGGCUCAAAGAUUGGCUGAUACAGCAGAUUGAAAGUGGAAAAUACCCAGGGCUGUGCUGGGACAAUCCUGAGAAGACUCAAUUCCGAAUCCCAUGGAAACAUGCCUCCAAGCAGGACUACAGUGAGAAAGAGGAUGCUGCUCUUUUUAGGGCCUGGGCAUUGUAUAAGGGAAAGUUCCGGGGUGGGUCAACAAAGCCUGAUCCUUCAGUCUGGAAGACUAGACUUCGCUGUGCCCUCAAUAAGAGUCCAGAUUUUGAGGAGGUGCAAGAGAAGAACAAUCCGCUGGACCUUACUGAACCUUACAAGGUGUAUAGGAUUGUCAAUGAGCCUCAAGCGAGACAUGAGGAAUCAUCCAGGGAAAUGAUAAGAAGCCCCUGUUUAGAGGAACCUCAAAGAACCCCAAGGAAGGAAGAAUCUCAAGGAACACUUAAGAAGGAGCCUCAAGAGAUUCCAAUGGAGAGGGAGAUAAAGCAGACCGUGCAAAAUCCUUCUCUAAUUCAGGCUGUGAAUCAGUUGAAGGAGCACCCACACGAAACUUUGCCAAGCCCACCCAAACACAAGAAGAUGGAAUCAAGUUCAAAUUCUGCAGACAAAGAGUAUGAAAUGAGGGAAGACCAUUACGUUCCUAAAAAAGUGGCUGACAUUUCAGCAAGCCUUAUUUGCCCAUCAUCAGAUUUCUGGCUGCAUAUACGUUUGUAUUAUCAAGACAAGUUGGUUACAGAGGUCACUACACAGACAGCUGAAGGAUGUCGCAUUGUUCCUUGUAAUCUGGCUGCUCAAGACUUGAGCGCCUUUGGCCCCCUCUCUUUACAGGAAGUUGCUCUGCCCUGCCCCAGUGAGCUACCCAGAAUAUUAUCCCCAGAAUUGGCUCUGGUCUUGCAGAGACUUCUGGCACACCUUGAGCGAGGAGUACUGUUGUGGGUGGCCCCAGAAGGGGUAUUUGUUAAACGUCAGUGCCAGGGUCGUGUUUACUGGAGUGGGCCCUUGGCUCCCCAUACAGAUAAACCGAACAAGUUGGAGAGAGAGCAGACAUACAAGGUGUUGGACACCAAUCAGUUCAUGCAUGAACUUCACCAGUAUGUGACGUAUGGGGGCCCAGAACCAAGAUUUCACAUCCAGCUCUGCUUUGGGGAGGAAUAUCCGAACACAUCAAGAGUAAACCUCAAGAAACUGGUUACAGCUCAUGUGGAGCCAGUAUUUGCUAGAGAACUAUUUCUCAAUGCCCAAAAUAGACUGAACCAACCCAGAGAGCCCACAAAUUUCAAUGGCUAAUUGACCACACGUAUAAGACCAUCCUCUCUCAAAAGAUCUUCCACCCCAACUAAUGAUUCUGACAAGACCAUCCCAGUUUGACCUCAGAACCUAAGAAGACUAUGGCUCAGAUUGCAAGUGGAGCGCUAUUGAUAGAGCAGGGUGAGCUAUUAAAGGGACAGUCUAGUCAAAAUUAAACUUUCAUGAUUCAGAUAGGGCAUGUACUUUUAAACAUCUUUCCAAUGUACUAUUAUCAUCAAAUUUGAUUUGUUCUCUUGGUAUUCUUUGUGGAAAGCUAAACCUGGGUAGACUCAUAUGCUAAUUUUUAAGCCAUUGAACUGCCUCAUUUCUCAGUACAUUUUGACAGUUUUUGACAGGUAGACACUGCUAGUUCAUGUGUGUCAUAUAUAUAAACAUUGUGCUCACUCCCAUGGAGUUAUUUAAGAGUCAGCACUAAUUGGCUAAACUGUUUGCCUCUCAAAUGAACUGAGAUAAUGGGACAGUCUGCAGAGGCAUAGAUACAAAGUAAUCACAGAGGUAAAAAGUGGUGGUUAUGAAAAACUGGGGAAUUGGUAAUAAAGGGAUUAUCUAUCUUUUUAAACAAUAAAAACUGGAGUAGACUGUCCCGUUAAUUUUGCAGGCCCGGAAUAUGAAUCUGGUACUUCAAGUGAAUGGUUAAAAAUUUUUUUAGCAUAACUGGAGACCUUAAAGGGACAGUCUACACCAGAAUUUUUAUUGUUUUAAAAGAUAGAUAAUCCCUUUAUUACCCAUUUCCCAGUUUUGCAUAACCAACACAGUUAUAAUAAUACACUUUUAACCUGUGUGAUUAUCUUGUAUCUAAGCCUCUGCAAACUGCCCCUUUUUUCAGUUCUUUUGACAGACUUGCAGUCUAGCCAAUCAGUGCCUGCUCCCAGAUAACUUCUCGUGCACGAGCACAGUGUUAUCUAUAUGGAAUACGUGAACUAACACCCUCUAGUGGUGGAAAACUGUUAAAAUGCAAUCUGAAAGAGGUGGGCUUCAAGGUCUAAGAAAUUAGCAUAUGAACCU